AGAGGAGAGGAGAGGAGAAGAGAAGAGAAGAGAAGAGAAGAGAAGAGAAGAGAAGAGAAGAGAGGAGAGGAGAGGAGAGGAGAGGAGAGGAGAAGAGAACAAAAGAGAAGAGAGGAGAAGAGAAGGGAGGAGAAGAGAAGAGAACAAAAGAGAAGAGAAGAGAAGAGAAGAGAAGAGAAGAGAAGAGAAGAGAAGAGAAGAGAAGAGAAGAGAAGAGAAGAGAAAUGAGGAGAGGAGUGGAGAAGAGAAAAGAGGAGGGGAGUGGAGAAGAGAUGAGAGGAGAAGAGAAGAGAAAAGAGUAUUGGAAAGGAGAAGAGAAGAGAAGAGAAGAGAAGAGAAGAGAAGAAAGGAGAGGAAAGGAGAAGAGAAGAGAAGAGAAGAGAGGAGAGGAGAGGAGAGGAGAGGAGAGAAGAGAGGACAUCAUUCAUCCCUCUUUUCACGCACUUCAUCAACACCUGUACACGGAAGCUCCAACUGCACGUGCUGACCGACUCCAAGACGCUCCAGAGUUUUCCGAUUUCCCUUCACCUUCCAAAAACCAUAGUGGGUCAUGUUUUCGCUUUGUACCCAGGAUUUCACGGGUAGCCUCUGGAUCGCCACGACCCUGACCAGGCUAAAUCACCACAUCUCUACAUGUCUAUUCAAGUUUGAUUAGAUUACACACACUCAGAUACACACACACCUUCUAGGAUGUCUCCUGCAUAGGAAAAAUAAAUCAGCUUUUAGAGGAAACCCACAUGGAUUUGGGGAAAUCAUGCAAAGCUUGGCAGAAACAGGUGUUAGGAUUGAACCCUGAAGCUUUAAGGCAUCAACACUACAUACUGUGCCACUGUUUCUGUUUUAAAAAAAUCAAACAGGAUUAAAGAGUGAGUAAGUAGAGAUCAGGGACUUUUUAUGUGAUGUUUUAUCUGUAGCUUUUCUUCUUUUUUUGCUUUUUCUUUUUCCUUCUAUCCCUUUUGUAGGGGCUUUACCUUUUCUGGGUAACAGAAUCGCCAUCCACUUUAUUAGGAUUCAUGAAAUGAUCUAAUCAACAUGAAAAAUGUGAUAUCAUUGACCUUGCUGCUGGUGCAAUAUGGGCUGGUUUGAGGUUCGAGGUCUGUAGGUGGAAAUGCCGUGAGGUCGGCGAAGAAUCGCAAGUCAAAUAAUCACUCUUUACAACCAAGUUGAGCAGAAAAGCAUCUCAAAAUGCACCACAUCAAACCGUGAGGUCAAAUGACCACAUCGGGUUCCUCUCCCUCCAGUCCAGACCAUAAACCUGAGGCUAUUCCGGACAGCUGAAAUCUUCUUCUGCUUCAACACCCCUGUGUUUAACCGCAGAGCCAUCUCAUAAUUUAAUUUGCUUGAACUGGAACAUCUGGAGGAGGCUGAGCUCGCUGCAUUUCCCCCCUAUUUCAGGAAACCGAACCCUCCAACGGGUCUCGGCUCCCAUGUUUAAAAAUAUCAUACACCCACGCCACGCCGCCUGACAGUUGAGUCAAUAACCGCCAUUCGUCACUCCUAUCUGCUCGCCUCCUUUUAAUUACAGCAAUGAAUUACUGUGCCGUCUCUCGCCCCGUGGCCGUUUGAUGUAUUUACUUUACUCUUUCUGGGGCUCCUUUCAAAGCACCCGAGAUGACUUACGCCGUGAUAUCAGAGACGGAUGCGCUAACGUUGCUGCGUGAUUGACAGGCUGAGAUUAUCUUCCUCCACUUCUGGCUUUGCUAUCCAGGAAGCAGGGAUUUUUUUCUUUUUUGAUCACAUGCAAUUAUGCACUUUAUUUCACACACAGUAAGGAGUCUUAUUCUCCAUGCUUGAUUUACAUUUUUUUUUUAUAUCCAUAAUUACAUGGAUACACAGAAUCUCGUUUCAUUUUCGAAUUUUAUUUCAGUUCACAGGUUUUCUGAACAGAGUGGCUGUUAUUAAAAUGUUUAAUAAUUGGACUAUCAGGCAGACAGGAAGAGAUAUGAGCAGAUGAAUGGCAGGAAUUCAGUGUGUAUGAAGGGCACUACAAAACUACAGGCAUGAUUUUAGAAUAUUGUCCAAUUACCAGAAAACAUUUUUAUUCCCCCUAAAUUGCCAAAAGUUUUGGGACAAAUCAUUGAAUUCAGGUGUUGUUUUUCAGGGGUUGGGCUCGGCCCCUUAGUUCCAGUGAAAGGAACUCUUAAUGCUUCAGCAUACCAAGACAUUUUGGACAAUUUCCUGCUCCCAUCUUUGUGGGAACAGUUUGGGGAUGUUCCUGUUCCAACAUGACUGUACACCAGUGCACAAAGCAAGGUCCAUAAAGACAUGGAUGAGUGAGUCUGGUGUGGAGGAACUUGACUGGCCUGCACAGAGUCCUGACCUCAACACGAUAGAACACCUUUGGGAUGAAUUAGAGCGGAGACUGUGAGCCAGACCUUCUCAUUCAACAUCAGUGCCUGAGCUCACAAAUGCGCUUCUAGAGGAAUGGUCAAAAAUUCCCAUAAACACACUCCUAAACCUUGUGGAAAGCCUUCCCAGAAGAGUUGGAGUGGUUCUAGCUGCAAAGGGCGGGACAACUCCAUAUUAUAUUCAUGUGCAUGUAAAGGCAGACGUCCCAAAACCUUUGGCAAUAUAGUGUAUGUUAUUAGCAAUGUACAGCUCUGGAAAAACAUAAGAGACCACUGCCCAAUUUCUAGAUUUGAACCCUAAUAAAAACCUCUGGAAUGUCAUCAAGAGGAAGAUGGAUGAUCACAAACCAUCAAGCAAAGCUGAGCUGUUUGCUUUUUUGCAAAAAGAAUGGUAUAAAGUUCCCCAACAGCAAUGUGAAAGACUGGUGGAGAGCAUGGAGCCAAAACACAUACAAAUCGGGGUUAUCCCACCAAAUACUGGUUUCUUAAUGUUAUUUAGCCAAAGCAUUAACACUAUUUGUUCACAAAUGAUUUGCAUUUUGUUUUAUUUGAGUUAUUAAAGCUCUGCUAAUACUGCAUGAUCUUGGGUUAUUUUGACAUGUUGUCAAUUCCUUUAAAUAUACACUCUAAAUAACAAUAGUUAUAUUUUGAAUUUAGGAGAAAUAUUGUCAGCAGUUCACAAAAAGUAAAAUAAAACUGUUCAUCUCACCAAUACAUGAACCUGUAAGAAAAAAAAACAUAAGAAACUGAUUAUUUUCCAGUGGUCUCUUAUUUUUUCCAGAGCUGUAUAUGUGAUUAAUUCUGCAACAGAGCCCUAUAGAGUUCCCAUCCGACAGAUUUUACUCGUUCUUCAGUGGUUCAAGGAAAAAUCCACCAUGAAAUACCUUCAUAUUAAUCUUUAGAAUGUAAUCUUUAAUCUUUAGAAAUGGUAA